GAAUAGAAAUUUUCUAUAGGUAACGUUAGUACUCGAUGCAGUUAUUUAUAUUUAGAAUUACGCGAGUCGGUGUACAGAAUAAACUUUGCCUAGGCUAAUGUUUUUUUACUAAACGAUUUUAGUGAGAAAAAUACGAAAAAAUGUCUGAAAAUAAGUUUCUAGAUAUUGCCUAUAAAGAUUUGUGCAGCGAGAAAACACUGCAAUCUAAUUCACAAGGAUUCUUCUUGAACUUCGCCGAUUUCGUGGUUGAGGAAGUUGGUAAAGCUUGGAUAAAAGAAAAUUUCAAUAAACUGAGAUCUGAUAAUGAAAGAAUUAAAUUUGUUUACGAGUGUGAAAAAGUAAAAGAUUAUGUGUUAAAUUUUCUAUCGAAUGUUAAAGAAGUAUACAGAGAGAAAAACGCAUCAUUUUCACAGAAAAAGAGAUUGGAAGCUGAUCAUUUAUUAAAACAAAAAGAUCCACGAAAAGCUUUGAUGUUAUAUUGUCAAAGUGUAUUAAGAGCUCCAAGGACAGGUGCCGAUGUACAAAUUGAUUCAGGAUUAUCUCUAUCGUUAGCACUUUGGGGUAGGUCUCAAGCCCUCAUAGAAUUAAGAAAAUAUAGAGAGGCUCUGUCCGACAUUCAGCAAGCUUUAAAAGAGAAUCUGUCGGGUUCUUAUAAAGCUCAAGCUUUUUGGAAAAUGGGUAUUUGUUAUAGAGCCAUGAAUGAUGAAAAUAAGGCAAAAGUAUCGUAUGACUUAGCGGAAAAAUUAUUAGGCAAUGACAAGGAGAAAAUUAGACAGUUAAAUGAAGAUAGAAUGAGAAGUUUUCCUAAGGAAGAAGUAACGGUAGAUAGUCAAAAACCGAAAUUGUCAACUGAAUUUAAACACAACUUACCAAACGCCAGUGGUAAACUGUCAGUAAAAAUUUCAAAGGAAGCAGGCCGAUAUAUCAUAGCAAAUGAAGACAUACAAUCAGGAGAAACACUGGUGGUUGAGAGUCCAUAUGUUGCAUGUUUGCUUCCAGAAAUGUUUGGACUUCAAUGUCAUCACUGCUUUAAAAAUUUAGAAUCUCCUAUGGGAUGUCUCGACUGCUCUAGUGUAGCAUUCUGCACAUCAAAAUGUAGAGAUGAGGCUGUAUCGACGUAUCACAAACACGAAUGCAAAUAUCUGGAUCUUUUAAUCGGAUCUGGAAUGAGCAUUCUGGCCCAUUCUGCAUUGAGAAUGGUUACGCAAAAUGGUUUGAAGAAAUCUUUAGAUAUCUAUCACAAUAGGAAGAACGAAAAGAUAUAUGCACUGUGUACUCAUGUGCAGCAACGUCCACCUUUAGAUUUCUUCCAAAGAUCUCUGAUGGCUGCGUUUCUUUUAAGAUGUUUACAAAUGUCAGGAUUUUUUCCAAACACAUCUAGAGAUCAAGUUGUGCCAACAGAAGAAGGAUAUCAAAUUGGAGAAAUGUUGCUUUUCAAUUUGCAGAUGCUUCAAUUCAAUGCCCAUGAAGUAUACGUUACAAAAUAUACAUCUAGUCAGAAAGUUGUGGAUUCGAAAAUAGUCUAUAUUGGAGUAGCAUUGUAUUUAACUACUUCAAUAUUUAAUCACGAUUGUCAUCCAGCAAUGACAAGGCAUUUUGUGGGGAAAGAUAUUGUGUUAGUGGCAGCAAGACCAAUAAAAGCCAACGAACCAGUUCCAGAAAAUUACGGAAUGAUUUUUACCAGAAAAGUCCUGUCUGAUCGACAAAGGACACUCUCAUCCAGAUACUGGUUCCAAUGUCGUUGCUUAGCCUGUACUCAAAAUUGGCCAGCCAUUGGUAUGGGUCUUGAACAAGUCAGUAAGAGAUUAAAAUGCCCUACGAGUCAAUGCUCCCAAACAUUCACAUUGCCAGUAGCGAAAGAGUCCUUGCAAUGUCCAAAAUGCAAGAAAAUUGUGAAUCUAACUAAUAAAAUUCUCCUUUUACAUUGGUGUGAAGAACAGUAUCAACAGGCUUUCCAGUUUAUGGAUGACCACGAAAUGAGGAAAGCUAUUGAUAUAUUAACAUCGACCAUCGAUACAUUUUAUAAGAUCGCUUUACCCCCACAUCAGCAAACUCAUCUAGCCGAAGAAAUGCUUCGUCUGUGCUUGGUACAUUUAGGAAACGCGUCUUUCAGUUUGGAAAAUCAACCAAAAGAAAAAUAAAAUUAUUUUUAUUUUUUUAUU